GGCUGAUAAAUCUUCAACGUGCAAGCUACUUCCACCAGACAUUGACACUCACUCGCGUACGAUUCUCCCUAUCACCGAUAUCGUGGCUAUGUGAAUUCAACAGCAUGUCGGAGGGGGAAGCUCAUAGAGGUGCUGAUGAGUCUACUGUGGAGACGCCAACGAAGCAACUCAAAGGCUGCGCCAACUGUGAGCGUCGUCGAAUCCGGUGCGAUCGCCGUCGUCCCCAAUGCGUCAAGUGUGACAAGAAGGGGCUUUCAUGUCCUGGCUACGACCGCCGUCUUCGAUGGGUGGAAGGGGUUGCCGCAAGGGGGCAUCUGCGGGGCCGAACGAUCCCCACGAGGCCAUCUUCUAAAGAUAAGACCGCAUCUCGAGAAGAUCACUCGAGAACCGUUAUCUCUGGAAGCUUCGAGCUAGAUGAAAGGAAAAACUGCGGCCUUCCGGUUGCCAUUCCGAAUCCCCUGAUUGUCCAAGCAGCUCGAGCUUGCGACCAUCCCGACUCGACAAGGGUGUUCAUGGACUAUUACAGACGGAACUUAGCCGGUCUGAUGGUAUGGAUGGACUCAGAGGAGAACCAUUACCGAACUCAAGUUGUUCCUCUCGCAGUAAAUCAACCGGCAAUCGGCUUCGCCAUCAUGGCCUUCGCGGUUCAACACGGCGCCAUGGCAUUUCCCGACGAGUCCAUCGCGGAGGACGCUCGCGAUAGGUGUUUGCAUCUGAUACAAACCCGUGCCCAGAACAUGACGGCACGACUUAUCGAGGGCGGUGACUUGGACAACCAUGCCGACUUGGCCGACGCAGAAUGGAUGCUGGCCUCGAUUCUCAUCAUGUGCAACUACGAGAAUGCCCGCCGCCGCCUUCAAAUCGCCGAUGAUCACAGACGCGCGGCUCGGACGAUUGUCAACCUGUUCAAAAGUCAGAACUCUGUCCACAAUCGAAACUUGUUUGCUUUCUUGCGAAAUCAACUGGCUAUCGACGAUGUGCUGGCAGCUACAACUUCGUUCGACAUACCCCUCAUUCGAAAUGCCGUCACACCGGCACCUGGUUCAGACAAUCUCCUCUUUUCGAGGUACCUGACUUUCUUGCACCAUGUCACUCUCGUAUCGGCAGAUGCCGUAGAGUCUCGUCCUUCAAUUUCACGCCUACGCAGCGGCCUCACGAUGCCUCUCAUUCGGUCCGGGUUUGAGCAGGCCAGAGGCGCUACGUUGAUGGCGGCCGGACGACUCGGAAUGGCAGGCUCCAAUAUGUCUCGUGAUUUCAUCCGCUUGGUCGAGGUGUAUCAUAGUGCAGGACUGUUGUACUCACUGAGAUGUCUUGACUAUGCUGUCGAGCACGCCUCGGAGCGUGUCGUGGUCGUUGCCAGUCUGUUCGAUCAACUUACCGGAUUCGAAGACCAAGCCGCCUUCGUUCAGAAUCUAGCCUGGCCGACCUUCAUCGCCGGUACCGAAUGUCAUGGAAAUCAGCAUCGCCAAGAAAUCAUCGCAGGCUUGCUGACGGCGAUUCAUGAGGGCACACGUUUCAGCUAUUACUUGGACGCAGUGAACUUUCUCAAGGAGUUUUGGGCUGGAGGCAAUGACGACUGGCGUCCCCUCGCUCGCAUGAGAGAAGCUAUAGGGCAGCGAGUCCUUGUAGUGUGAGCACUAUCAGCACAGUUAGGGAAAAGAGAGGAACUUCAUGCUACCAGACUCUACCAACUCAAACUGGAGACUACUAGAAAUCGACCGUCUCUUCGUCUUCGACACCGAAGAGCACUCGCAUCGGGUCCUGGUAUUUCAUGAACCCGACACCUGGCUCACACAGACCAUACCCCAGAAGACGUUGCGCCUGGGGCUUCAUCUUCUUCACCCGCUCAAAAGGCACCAUGAGGAAUUGGUUCUCCGCGGGACGUAGUGUCGGCUGGCAGAGGAAGAUUCCAACGGUCUCCCGAUAUUCAUCCCUUUGAGAGUUAGC